AUGAUAUGCAUUGUGAUCUUUCUUAACUUGAAUAUGAACUUGCAGCCAUAUAUCCUCGCAAGUAAGGGAUGUGGACCUAUGUGUAAGGAGUGCGGAGGUCACAGUUUGAUUUUGUGGUUCCGUGGCGCAGAUGACAAGGCCGAGAAGGAGCACCUCCUGGCGCUGGCCGGCGGCGACGAGGCCCGUGUCCACUUCUUCCCGUGUGACCUCCUCGGCGGCGCCACCAUGCUCACCGCCGCGCGUGGCUGCUCCGGCAUCUUCCACCUCGCCUCGCCCUGCAUCAUCAACCGCAUCCUCUGUCAAUUGUACGAAAAGUAA